CCAGUAUAUCGUUCUAUGGUCGGGUUAAGCAGUCAGACUUUGAUAUGUAUGAAUAUAAUAUGUAUACCUAUCUACCGGAAAGGAAUAUCAUCUCCAAUUUUACCGAUAAGAACAUACCAGCCAUAACUAAGGCGAUUAAUGGACAGAUAGUGAGAGAACUUCAAGCAAUCUUGAAUGACUCCUUUAAGAUCUAUUUCCCUUACUCGGAUAUCAUUUAUUAUGACCACGACUUGGAGCGGGUCGUUGUGAAUAAUGCGAUUGUCCCUCCUAAUGACGAUCGUAUUUACAGUGAUAUAAGUAUAAAAUUUGCAUCGCAUAUAGCUCGCAUUCUGGGUUUCAAUUCAAAUUUUCGCUACACCGUCUACUUUCAAAGAUCUGGCGACGUCAUUUCAUCUUCCAGCGCGAGCGAAGCUUCCUCCUCAUUACCCAUAAAAUUAUUCGCUCAAUACGUACCGUGAGCUGAUGCAGGGACGGAUUAUAUGUACGUUUAUACCGACAUCAUUUCCCCCUCGCGAUUUGGUAACCAACUAGUUAAUAUAUUAGACGUCAUACCACUCCCCGGCGACAGCACCAGUAAAGGUGCGAAUUCAAUUACGUAUAAACCACUUUCUGUAUCAACUAUAGAGAGUGUGGCCAUCAAAAUUGCUAAUCAAAGAGGCAAACCUAUUCAGUUUGAAGAUGGGGAAAACAGUGUUACUUGCGUGUUACAUAUAAGACCACGUUAACUUUGCGUUUCGGACGUAAAGUUUUGAAGAGAAUCGAUCAAGGUGGGAUAAUGGGUGGAGUGGAGGAUAAUGAAACAGGCAGGUGUUGCCUACUUCCGAGACAAGUCACGCACCUCGCGACCAUCUGCGCGGGAAGCUUCAGUGUUUCCCCGCGCGGCAUGGCGGCCGGGACGAAAGUGUUGACAAUGUUAUAGAAAAAAAAAGAAAAGAAAAAUGGGUGUUCACUGUGGAACAGCAGAGGCGCGGCUUUUAUGUGAAGUGUGUGGGAGAUGGCGCACUAAUCCAUCCUGCCCCUCAUGUGUGGAAGACCAGUGUGAUUUAUGCGAGCGGUGUGGACUUCUGUUUCCACAUCCACCACCAGAACACACAUGCGAAGUUGGCAAUCCUGCUUCUUCUGCUAAGCAUUAUUACUUAUUUUGGCGGGAAUGUAUAAUAAUAAAGAUGAAAUGACUGUCAAUCUCUACAAGUUUGAGCUCUGAGCACAUCUUCCUGUACAGGCUCACACUCGAUUGAGGUUGGACAGAACGGCGGCGUAGAAGGCGCAUGUCGGUGGGCGUCACAAGGCGGCAUUCCACGCGGAGGCGGGGGAAGAGGUGAGAAAAAAAAAAAUACUACAAAUAAUAAACCAAUAAAUACGGUGCCACCGCCACUACUAAUAUUCUUUUUUUUUAAGACUCGCCACGGCCGGGACCGAGUGGAUUAUCGGGGAACGUAUUCAAUUCUUCCGAGACUUCAAUUCCUUCACUACCUACACAAGACACGCCACAAGCGGAGUCGGACCACGAUGAGCGCAGCAUGGCAGGAGAGUCGGCGGAUGCAGACCUUGACGAGCGCGGGAUGCCGGAAGAGCCGCGGUUAAUUGACUCGAGGGAAAAUUUUAUGAGGAGCUUCACCAGACAUCAAUAUGACAUACCUGAUCAUGUAAGCAGAGAUCCACUCGGUCUACUUACCGAAUACAGGGAGUUCUUUAUACGGGAAAUUAGAUCAUAUUUCACGUCGCACGGCUCGCCAUUUCCCCCUACCCUGAAAAUAUUUUCACACAUUUCUCUGUUACUAGUGAAAUUCUCUACCUUAGGCGAGGAUGAACAUCGAGUCAUUCAUAUUGCUUUUAGAGCACGACUGAUCACCUAUCAAGAUGUGCCUGACCUUGUUGAUUUAUGGAUCCAUCAGCUGAACAGUCGGCUGGAAAGCCUUACCAGCGAGACUGAAGGAUCUGGUUUUAUCAUUUCAAGAGUACAGAAUUUUUUCAUCAACUAUUGCUUACACGUCGCAUGUAGUGGCAUAGGAGAUUAUGUUGCUUAUCCUAGAGGCGUACGAGGAGGGAAUGAAAUUUUCAAUCCUGAUGGCCGACAUUCAUCCUGUGUUAUUCAGUGUUUGGCGGCUUUCAGACUUCAUGCUCGAGGUGUACCUUGGAAAAGAAUUCCAAAAAUAUUACGGAGACGGCAUGGCGGAGAGAAAUACGUCACGCGCGGAAAAGUAGACAGUCCAGUGACUUGGGAGAACUUGAGUCAAUUAGAAAGAUUAAAUUGUCUGUCUCUGGACGUUUAUACACUGACAAAAAGCGGUGAGAUAUACUAUUUAACAUUAUCAAGAAAAGGCUCACGGAAGUAUAAAACUGUAGUCUCACUCCUUUUACUAGACAUAUGACGCUCAUUAAAGACGUGGAGAAGCUGCACCGGAAAUUGACAAGAAGCUGUCCCACCCCCGAGGGUCAUCAGUUUUGCAAAAUAUGUUUCAGCUCAGUUCCCAAGUCUGUCAGUUUGAGCGAUCACGAGUGUCACUGCGACUUCACUCAAACUCUUCUCUUUCCAGGUGACGGUGAAAAAGUAAAAUUUAAAAAUUUUGCCUACACCUAUCAGCCUGCAUACUUAGCAUUUUUUGAUUUUGAAACUAUGAUAAAACCUAAGGAGAAUAGGAGUGUGAUAGCUGAACAUGACCCAAUUGGUUACUCGUAUCUCAUCAUCAAUAGGCAUGGAGAUGUCGUGGAAAAGAGAAGUUAUUUCGGUGAAGAUCCCGUGAAUAAUUUCAUUGAUAGCCUAUCCAAUGCUUGGGGAAUCAUCAAGGAAAGUGUAGUUAGCUAUCCAAUUAGCAUGUCUGCAGAGGAUGAAGACCACUUCAAACGUCAGCGUCACUGCGAGCUCUGCCAUCAACCCUUUAAUGUGAAAACCCCACCUCAUAAACAUCACGACCACUCAUUACCACAAAAUAAUUACAAGGGGGCUUUGUGCGCGCGAUGCAACCUCCAGUGUCGUGACAUGAGGAAAUAUCUCAUCACUCUGGCACAUAAUAUGAGCUUUGACGUCUCCUUAAUCAUAAAAGACCUUCACUUGCCAGAGUCGCACGUGGACAUCCUUGCCAAGUCAGAAUCGCAUUUAUUGAAAGUAAGGAUUAAGGAAUUGCAGUUUCAGGACACGCUUUCCAUUAUGAAUGCCGGCCUCGGUCAUCUCGCUCAGAGUCACGUGCAGGCGGACUAUAGCACGCGUUACGCCCAGGAAAUGGUGAAUUACCUCCCCGAGGAUGUAAGGCGUGUAAUUUGCACUCAAAAACAGUUUCUUUGUUAUGAGUACAUCACCGACCUUGGCCGCUUAGAAGAUCGACAAUUGCCACCUCGCGAGGCAUUUUAUGACACGCUCAAGGGGAAGGCUCUGUCACCUGGAGAAUAUGAACACGCUCAAAGCGUGUGGAGUAUGACAUCCUGCCACACUUUAGACGAUUACAUAAGACUGUAUUGUGAGAUUGAUGUGGGAUUAUUAGCCGACACAUAUCUCAAAUAUAGAUCAUACCUGCAUGAAUUUUAUGGGCUGGACGUGGCACAUUACGUGUCACUGUCUUCUUAUGCUUAUGACGCUUUUUUAAAGUCGACAGGCGUUCAACUUGAUCCACCUUACGACCCUAACAUGUAUCAUCUGAUCAAAAGAAAUGUACGAGGAGGCUUUGUAACUUGCGUCAGGCCACACCUGCAGUCAAACCACGAACCCGACGGUGGACCCGGCACCUAUGUGUUUUAUCUGGACUAUAAUUCAUUAUAUGCAAGCGUUAUGCGUUCCCCCCUGCCUAUGGGCGACAUCAAAAAACUUUCUCAGUCAGAGAUGGAUGAUUUUUUUGAAGUUGGCAUCCAGAAUCAUGCGACAGAUGGUGACGUCGGUUACUGGCUGCAUUUAGACAGCUGUGACGUUUCCCCCGACGUGGCUCGGAUCACGGACGAGUUCCCUCUGUGCCUCGCACACAUGACUAUUACAGAAGAUGACAUCUCACCGUACAGUAAAAGACUGUUAGAAGCUGAGGGUCGUAAGCUGGGGAGGAAAAAUCGUAAACUCGUGGCCAGUCAUAAGGGACUGAAAGAUCAUCUCAUCAGUCUGGAAUUGCUGCAACUUUUACUCUCGCUUGGACUGGAAAUACAAUGUGUUCAUGCUAUAUAUAGCUUCAGACAGGCUCCAUACCUGAAACCUUUCAUAGAAAGGAACGUCGCUCAGCGUAAAAAUGAGACGUGCGCCAUUAAAAAUCGCAUUUGCAAACUGAUGUCAAACGCAGUUUAUGGUAGAUCCAUGUUAUCUGAAGUGAAGUAUGGCCUCCAACAGAAAUUAGUGACAAAAAGAAAGUCUUUCCUGAAGUAUGCAAGAAAUCCAUCCUUUAAAAGGGUCCACCAAUUAGGCGAGGACCGAGUCAUAUGUGUCAACAGUAAGAAUACGAUUAAAAUCAGGCAGCCAAAUUACUUGGGAUACCAUAUUUUAGAAGUGGCAAAGAAGUACAUGUACAACUUUUGGUAUCGUGUCAUCAAAGCUAAUUAUGGGGAGAGAGCUAAAUUAGCUUAUGAAGAUACUGACAGUUUCAUUUUCAGUCUGCACAUACCUACAAACUUAAAUGAUGAACUGAAACAUGGACCCAUGGCAAAUUUUCUCGACACCAGUAACUUUGCUUCAGAUCACCCGUGUUUUAAUGGGGAGCGGAAGGGUCAACUAGGCUUGCUGAAAUCUGAAACCGGAUCCACGCUCAUCAAAGAGGCGAUUAUAUUAAAGCCAAAGAUGUAUUCGCUGCUGUUGGAAGAUGACAAGCAAGUAUCUCGAGGUAAAGGCAUUCCAACUCACCUUCAGCAAAAUAUAUUGCAUCAGCAGUAUAGGGAAACACUUAAUAAUGUCGCAUGUGGGAUGGUAGAUUGCUAUAAUAUCAGGAAUGUGAAAGGACAAAUUUGUACCACUCGUAUGCGAAAGCGUACGUUGUCACAUUUUGACGACAAGCGCUUUCACGUCGAUGGCUAUACCUCAAGGGCGUAUUAUCACCCCGACAAUGAUCCGCGGGAAAGAGAUGUGGAGAAUGAGAUGGAAGAGGAGGUGGCGGUGGAUGUGGGGGAGGUGGAGGUGGAUGAGGAAGAGGAGGAGGAGGAGGAGGAGGAAGAGGAAGAGGGGGAUGGGGAGGGGGAGGAUGGGAUAAUGAGUGGUCUGUGGCGUGAUCGGGAGAGACUUUCCACGACAUUAUUCACAUCGUGAUUAAGGGGUAGAGAAAGAGGGGACGCAGCUGCUAGCAGCCGCCCUUCAUGUAAUGUAAAAAAAAAACAUUUGCACUGACCACGUAGGCUAAGGAAGAGGGGGAGGUGAAGGAUGGGUUAAUGAGUGGGCUGUGACGUGAUCGGGAGUGGCAUUCCAUGACAUUAUUCACGUCAUAAUUAAGGGUUGAGAGAGACCGCGGCCGCUAGCAGCUGCCAUUCAUGUAAUGUAAGAACAUUUGUUUUGAGUGUGGGGUUAAGGAGAGGAAUGAAAGGGGAUUUGUUCAUGUGCUGUAAGAACAUUUGUACUGUCCACGUGGGAUAAGGAGGAUGAGGAGGAGGAGGCGGAAGAAGAGGAGGUAAUGUAAGAACAUUUGUACUUUGGUAGGUUAAGGAGAGGGAGGAGGAGGUUGAGGAAGAGGUGUGGGUCGGGGGAGAUCCACGUCAUAAUUAGAAGGCAGGGAUGAGGAUGCAGCUGGGAGUUUAGUUAUGCUGUUACCUACAUGACCAUGUAAAUAAAGGUUAAGCAAUAAAUACUGUAAACAUAU